AUGGCCUCAGCAAUUUCAUCAGCUGUUGAUAGUUUACAUUCAGCAAUACAAUCAAAUAUUAUUCCUAAUCAAGAAUAUUUAUUACAAGGAUCUGUACUAGACACUGCAGUUGAGGUUCUACUCCAUCGUCUCCGAGGGUUCGGACCAACAGAUCCUCCUGUGUCACUAAGAGUCAGGCGAGCAAUCGACUACCCAGACAUGCCGUUCCAGCUGAGAUACAUUGGACAACCUGAGCUGGGAGACAAAUCGAGGGCCGCAGUUGUUCGCAGCAGCAUUGACGUCGGUACGAGCAACACCGUGAUCGAGUUUCUCACUGAAAUGGGCUGCAGACUCGACUUCGAGUACAUUAUCAGAGGAUACAUGUUCAGGAAAGGAAGAAUGAAGAUCACCGUGUCGAAAAUUUUUAAAAUGCCUCAAGGAAAAGUCAUGGACUCGAUGGAGGCUAUCUCUUCAAGUUAUUUAGUUGAGUUAAGUGUUCUGGCGCCUCGUGGUCAGGAUGCUAUUGCUGAAGACAUGCGGGUUUUUGCUGAACAGCUGAAACCUCUGGUGCAGUUGGAAAAAAUUGACUACAAUAGGCUUUGUAAGUUAAUCCGACCAAUUUUUUAA